AUGGCUGAGGCAGUAAGAAAAGCCACAACUCACCCAUCUUCAAACGUUUCUUCCGUCGUAGCUUCCAUUACAUCACUGAUUCAAACCAUAAACCCCCAAAACCCAAAUGCCUGUGAAGCACUGAAACCAUUCUCCCCUUACCUCACUCAACCAUUGGUCAUCCAAGUCAUCAAGAACUUACGCAGUCCCAACCACGCACUAUUCUUCUUCAACUGGGCCUCCAACCCGCAACCCAACCCCAACAACUACUCUCACACGCGCCACUGUUACGCCGCCAUAACCGACUCCCUUCUCUCUCACUCUCUCUUCUCCACCGCCCACCACCUCCUCCACCGCUCCAACAACCUCUCCGACUCCUUGAUUUGCAAAUUCAUCAUUGCUCUCGGCAAUCGCGGCGAUAUCAGGGGCGCCAUUCACUGGUUCCACAAAGCCAAGAGCUUUUCACAUGGCCGAUGCUUGUUAUCCUGUAACGCCGUCUUGGGUGUUCUUGUAAGAGCCAAUCGGAUCAAUUUGUCAAAGUCUAUCUUUGACCAGGUUGUGGAGGAGGGUGUGUUUGAGCUCGACGUGUUCACUUAUACCACCAUGAUUAGGGGCUUCUGCAAAAUAGGCAUGGUCCACAGUGCACUCAAGGUGUUCGAUGAAAUGCGCUGUUCGCCCAAUUCGGUUACUUACAACACUUUGAUUCACGGGUUUUGCAAGAACCGUGAUAUGGAGGGUGCCAAGAGGGUUUUUGAUAGAAUGGUGGAAGUAGGGGGUCAGAGUUGCAAGCCGGAUGUGGUGACUUAUACUACUUUAAUUGAUGGAUAUUCAAAGAAAGGUGAGUUCCGCGAAGCUUUAGAGUGUAUGGAAGAGAUGGUAAAACAGGGUUGUCAUCCAAAUGUGUUGACCUACAAUGCGUUGAUUGAAGGCCUUUGCUUGGGUGGGAAUGUGGACGAGGCCAUGAAGAUGAUGACUAGGAUGCGAUUGAAUGGUUUAGAAGACAAUGUUACCACAAACACCAGCAUCAUCAAGGGUUUUUGCACUGUGGGAAGGUCUGAAGAAGCUAUCAUGCAUCUGAAGGAAAUGGAUAGUCGCGGGAUGAGGCCGGAUUUGAAGGCUUACAGUGUCAUAGUCAAUGAGUAUUGCAAAAUUAGGAAACCAGAUGAUGCCCUUUUACUUAUAAGGGAGAUGGUGGUCAAGGGAAUCAAGCCAUCUGUGUCAAGUUUUAAUGCAGUGUUUAGAGUUCUUGUGGAUAUAGGGAAGCUGGAUGAAGCAGUUCAUCUUUUGAAGCAGAUGCCUCAAAUGGGCUGCAUACCCAACUUCUUAUCAUAUAGCAUAGUGAUCUGUGGUCUUUGUAAAGUGAAUGGUAGGAUGCAAGAAGUUGAAGGGCUUGUAUCUGAGAUGCUUGAGAACGGCCAUGACCUUGAUACCACCUUGUACAAUUGCUUGCUUGGGGGAUAUUGUGAUCUUGGGGAUGAGGAAAUGGCAUUGAGGACUGUCUAUGACAUGAUUGAUAAGAACUUUGUAAUCAACAAAGACACAUUCUGCAUUUUUGUCAAGGACUUGCGUGGAAAGGGAAAACUUAGCAAGGCAGUGACUGUUGUUGAAGAGAUGUGCAGGAGAUGCAAUGUACCUGAUAUAAAUUCUUACAGAGCGUUACUCUAG